AUGUCUUUGGACCUGUGGUCCCAAGCAACCCUGCCGAUCAUCCUCACAACCCUCGGCCUCCUCGUCCUGUCGACGCUGCUUGUUACCAAAAUGCUUUUCUCAACAAAGAACCACUUCCCCGUCGAGGGCCUCACGGCCAUCGUGACCGGCGGCUCCCAGGGCCUGGGUCUGGCCAUCGCGCAAGAACUCUCCGCCCGGGGCGCCAACGUGGCCAUCGUCGCGCAGAACGUCCCGAAGCUCGAAGCGGCCGUCAAGACACUGCAGAACCGCGCCAAAACGGUACAGAAGCAAAAAUUCCUCCAUUUGUCCUACGACCUGCGGGCGCCGGAGUCCGCGCCCAGAAUCUUGGAGGAAGUCAAGACGUGGAACAAUGGGGAAGCGCCGGACUUGAUCUUCUGCUGCGCGGGACACUGCUACCCGUCAUUCUUCGCCGACGCGCCGGUCGACCAGCUCAAGGACCAGAUGGAUACGGUCUACUGGAGCAGCGCAUGGACGGCCCACGCGGCAAUCAACAUGUGGAAGACGCCCUCAUCGUCACGAAAAGCCGCGAACAACAACGAGAACAAGUCCGCACUUCCAAAACCGACCCGCCACAUCAUAUUCACAUGCUCCACCUUGGCCUUCUUCCCCGUCGCAGGCUACAGUCCCUACUCGCCGUGCAAAGCGGCCAUGCGCGCCCUGGCCGAUACGCUGAAUCAAGAGGUGGAAGUGUACAACGGAUCGCGCCAGAACCCCUCUUUAGGACCCGUCCCGGACGCAGACAUGAAAGUCCACAUCCUGUUCCCCAUGGGCAUCAUGUCCCCGGGGCUGGAGAAUGAAAACAAGAUCAAGCCGUCCUUGACGCUGCAGCUCGAAAAGGACGACAAACCACAACAACCCGAAGAGAUUGCAAAGAUCACUCUCCAACGUCUCGGGGCGGGCGACUUCAUGAUCAGCACAAUGUUCCUGGGCCACUUGAUGCGUGGGUGCGGGAUGAGCGGCAGCGUGCGCAUGAACGUGAUGGACGUCUUUUGGAACUGGCUGGGCUCUAUCAUUAUCAUCUUCGUGGCUCCCGAUUUCGUCGCAAAGUGCAGGAACUGGGGCAAGCAGAAGGGCAUGAAUGCCACCACCACAAAUGUCAGCUGA